AUGACAACAUCUGUAACCCCUCCUAUGCGCGUCCACGGAUGGAACGUCCAUUUUGUCGCAGGCGAUGAUGACUUUCACUUUGCAGGCUUGUACCAAGUUCCCGGGAGUAACUUGAUAACAUUUCGCGAUGUUAUUGAUGAGAUGCGUCUUUGUUUUGACAUUCCCGGCGAGGAAGAUCCUUGGGAGACUAUGGCCUUCAUGCUGGUGGACUCACCAGACGAUGCAAAGAGGAAACUCCCUUCUUUGGUCGCAGAUGAGGAUCUGGCUCUUCCCGUUCCUGCACUCCAGAGUUCGUCGCCCAAAGCUCAGCGUAUAGUGACAUAUCAUGUUAUCCUGCAUAAGCCCUGUGAGAUUUCCUACGAUAAACCACUACAAGAUCAUAUCAAAGAUAAAUGUGCUCGACACAUCAACCGACCAACGCGGCGAAUGGAUAAUCGCUAUAUAUCCCUUGACAAACCAUCACUGGACCCUCGUUAUUCUAAAAUGCCAUUUCGACGCACAACAAACACUCGCAGAGCUUCUCAAUCUCCAAAACGGCGCAGGUCCGACUCGUUCUCAUCAACGACGGAUGGCGAACAUGAAGACAUCAAGAAUUUGCAGAUUCCACCAAAGAUGGACCUAUCACCAGAAGAAGCAAGAGAAACUACAGAGACAUUCCGGCAUGAUUGUCUUAUUCAUGCUGAUCGUUGUGCCAUUUCUGGGAAAGGCCAGUCGUGGUGCAUCAUUCCAUCGACUGGGCCAGGUCUUCACGCUUGUCAUAUCGUACCUCAGCAUCAUUUUUAUGUCUACCCCCACCAUGACCAAAAGCACGCCACCGAAACUGAGGUGGAAAUCCAUAAUGAGAGACUCACUCAAGCAUGGAAAGAUACAUGGUCUGGUAAAAAUGGCAUACUCCUCAUGAACGACAUACGGCAACUUUUCGAAGCCCGUCUCAUCUCAAUCCAUCCCGACACCUAUAAGAUCCGAGCCUUCGUGCCAUACGAUGUCAUAACAGACUUUCACGGCAAGAAAGCCAAUGUUGCGCGAAAAGUGGAUAAGUUGGCGUUAAGGCACCACUACGAGAUGUCGUGCAUUGAGAACAUGGCUGCGCAGAUGCCAGCGGCACUACAUGACUCGGCUAGCGGGAGUACAGUGAGGUUCUUGGAAAUUAGAUCACCCCUUGGAAGGACGAUUAGUCUACCAAUAAACACCACUGCAAAUAGGCAAGCCGGCGAUCCGGCGAAGAGGGUAAAGUUAGAGGAGAUGGCAGAGACGAGCACGCCGGAGGAAAGUAUACAGGAACAAAGUACACAGGAGGAAGACAUCCAGAGGGCUUUGUCUGUCGAGUACGAUUUGAUAGAAGGUUCGGAUUAA